AUGACUGACGAAAAAGAUGUCGUAAACGACCUUUUUCUUGAAGAUUGGCGUCAAUUAUUCAAUAAGUUUUUAAAACGGUGUGAAUCUGUUUUAAGAGCUGAAAAUCUUUGUGUUGGUGAAUAUAAAAUGGAAAAAUCGAAAGGAAAAGACACAGAUUAUGUUAAUGGAUCUAUUAUUGAUAAUGAUAAUAAUAAUGAUGAUGAUGUUUAA